UAACGCAAGACCAGACAAGUAAAACAACGCAGUUUUAUCAGCGCGAGUCUUUCUCUGUAACUGCCCGACAUAACUGACUGGCACGAAGCUAACAAUUGACAAAACAUUCUCGGCGUUUACUGUAUCAGAAGAAGCAGUGAGGUGGUUUCGUGUCUUCAGAAGCCUGUAGUUCAAACGUCAUCAUGGCUGUGGAUGGAUGUGGACUCGUUUGCAAAUACAUCCUCAUCAUUUUCAACAUUAUCUUUGCGCUGCUGGGGUUUGCAUUUCUGUGCCUUGGCUUGUGGUUCAGGUUCAGCGGAAACACCAGAGCCUUGUUCAGCAUUGGAGAACUCAACUCGAGCGCUUUUGUUAUCGGAGUGACUGUGCUGAUAGUUCUCGGUGUAAUCAUGCUGAUCGUGGUGUCGUUCGGAGACUACGGUGCCUGCAACGAGAAAAAAUGUGCCCUGCAAGUGUUUUCAGUCCUUCUGUUCCUUCUUGCUGUUGCUGAAGUUGCUGUUGGAGUGCUUGCUUACAGCAAACGUGACAUGGUUGGACUUAAACUGGGAGAGUUCUACACCAGCUUGUACACUCUGUAUGUACAUACUGGAGACCCAGCCAUUGCAGUCACUCUCGCAUUCAUCCACAACUCUCUCCACUGCUGUGGAAUGACGGGAGUCUCACUUGUUGAGAUAGUACAGCAGACCUGUCCUAAACCAGACGGCUUUCUGGAGCGCAUCGUCAUGCCUAACUGUCCCACGACCAUUGCAAAUAUCUUCGACAGUAAGGCGUCUCUGGUGAUGGGCGUCUUCGUUGGAACAGGAGCUCUUCUGAUUACUGCCCUGGUCUGCGCCGUUAUCCUCCUGAACAAGCUCAAGAAGGUCCAGCAGGCGGUCAAUUCUUACUACUCAGCUGUGUACUAAAAAGGCAGAGGGCUUUUCCAGCCUUACCACCCCCCCCACCCCCCCUGCAUUGAAAGACCCAUCGCUGGACACUCUAAACAGAUCAGUGGUUUACAUGCGUUUGUAAACUGCUGAUUAUAAUUUUAACAAGACAAUUUGUACCAAAACACUUCAAUCACUAAAAUAAAAUUUAAAAUCCUAGUCAAAUGAGACAAAUACCAUAAACUGUUUGAGACACCAGCCCGAUGGGCCCAAAAUAAUCUGAGCCACAUUUAUCUUGAUGCAAACAGCCAGGAGUGACAUUUUAGUACAACGCAUACACGUUUUACAUUUUAAUUACACUUUGUUGCCCGAUUCCAGCUUUUAAUGUUUAGAGUUGACACUUUAUUUUUAUACCAUAGCGUGCGCGCACACACACAUUGUUUACAGUCAUUAACAAAAUACUGUCAAAUUAUAUAAAAAAGGGAUCAAGUUACUGAAAUAGUCUCCUCAAAGUUUUUUUGUAUGCAAGUGAAAUAUUUUAGACAAUGUGGAACAAAAAAAGGUGUCCCAUCACACCAGCUAGCUUUUAGUAAAAACUGGUUUGAAUUGUGCCCCGAGUGCCACAGGAUUGGUCAAAAAGUUUGAAAUAAGGGAUUUUUAAUGAAUGUAUUGAAUAAGUCCGUCUACUGUGAGAAUAUAGUCUUUGAAAAAUGUAAGUGUGUGUGUUACCUUUGAAUCCAGUCUUGAAUAUUUCAGUUUGUUGCUGUAACAGACAAGUUCAAACUGAAUGCCUUAAACUGCGUUUAAUGCCUUGUUUUGUACGAUGUAUUCCUGACUGUUGCUUUGCUUUAGAAACAAAUGUUCCACUGAAAGUUACACUUGUGCACGUUUCCAUAAAAACAAUUAAACUCGUCUUGGUUGUGUACAAGUAUCUUUAUUUCAUCACCGUUGGCACCUGUGAGAAAAGUAAAAAGAAGUU